AUGCUCUUAUCGGAUACAGGAGCACUUAAAGAGCCAUUCAGUUAUCUAUAUUAUCCGUCUUCAACACUAGAAAAAGAAUAUCCCCGUUUCGUAUUGUUGACAAACUGGCGGGCAUCGAAUUCGGUCUAUAAAAUUGGAUAUUAUACGAUGCGCGAAAUGGUCAUCAAUUCGUAG